AUGAGAGGAAACCCAGCAACCCCAUCAAAGGCCUGUCAGCCCUGCCGCGCAAAACGGCGCAAGUGUGAUCUGGUCCGACCUGAAUGCUCGCAGUGUCGAAGAGCGAACAUUCCAUGUGGAGGUUAUCGAGAUUCUUUUUCAUUGCGGCUCCGCGAUCAGACAUCUCUUGCGGCUCGCAAAGUACAGAAACGCCAGUCUGACGCCGUGACGAGCUCGACAGAUGGAUCGGAAAGCGCAUCUGGGGAUGAAAAUGGGCAACUUAUCAGCCCUGUGCUCAGUUUGAGUCUGUCCGAGAGCCCAGAGUUCCUGUCUGUCAGCUACUUUAUGAAUGUGUACGCUCCAACCUCGGCGUUCAAUUACUUGAUCGAUGUGUCACCGGCUUUUCUGACCCAAAAGGGAUUGGAGCACGCGUUCCUAGCGCCUGCCUUGCUGUUCUUUUCGCAGAACUGGCGAGAUUCACUGGCACGGUCGCUGGCUCAGAAACAUUAUGCACUGGCGUUGAGAUCAAUCAACCUUGCGCUUUCGAAUCCGGACUCAGCCACUGCCGACAGGACCCUGCUCUCUGUGCUACUGCUGAGUCUCUUUGAAGCGCUGAUCUUUCAGGGACGAUCAGAUCCUAUCAAUUGGAAUGCUCACACUCAGGGUGCCAUGGAGUUGCUGCGUCUCCGCGGCAAGCAACAAUUCAACGGUCCACUGGGCCGUAGUCUCUUCCGUCAUGCAUCAAUGAAUAUCAGAACCCAGUGUGCUCAGCUGGGUCUACAGGCGCCAUCGGCAUUAGCAGUUCUCGAGACGGGCCAGUUCGAAGAGCCAAGUCCCAGAGAACAUCAAUACAGGCUAUUUGGGCAAGUCGUCGCCGGAAUCGCGAGUCUCCGAUGCGAGAGGCCCCAACUCACGACAUCAGAGGUCAUUCUCAGGAUCUUCAAGUUGGAGGCAGACAUCCAUCAGAUCCUGAUUGAGUUUCAAAAAGCGAUGCCAUUCCACACUCUGGACCCGACGACGCUACACAAGUCAAUACGCAGCUUCCGAGGACGAAUCGAUCACUAUCCCUCGUUUGGGGGUGCGCGCGAUAUGAACACGCUGCGUAUGGUCCGAUUGUUCAUCAUCCGCAUGCUGGACGAGACGCUCGUGCGCAGAUCGGUUCAGCCGGGGGCAGUGCCGCAGGACUUAUUUGCCAGAGCUCGAACACUGAUAGAUUUAACCUCUUUCGAAAUGAUAGCGGAUAUCCUGUCCAGUGUUCCGUACAUUCUGGACAUUUACGAUCAGCCAAACUUUUCAGCUCGAUCGUUGAUUUAUUGUUUAUCCGGCGUGGCGAUUCUCCGGUUUACGCCACUCGAUGCGAGGGAAUAUGCAGUGGAGAGGCUGACCUUUGUGGGCGAGCGAUAUGGGUUCCCGCAGGCGAUUGAUUCUGCGAAAAUGGUGCUGCAGGGGAAAGAUUUGGAGAAAUGGAUCUAUCUUGCGGUGCUUUCGUAG